AUGAACAUCCGCCGGGCUCGGCCAGAUGACCUGAUGAACAUGCAGCACUGCAACCUGCUCUGCCUGCCCGAGAACUACCAGAUGAAGUACUACUUCUACCACGGCCUCUCGUGGCCUCAGCUCUCCUACAUUGCCGAGGAUGAGGACGGCAAGAUUGUGGGCUAUGUGCUGGCCAAGAUGGAAGAGGACCCCGAUGAUGUCCCUCAUGGACACAUCACCUCGCUGGCUGUGAAACGUUCCCACCGGCGCCUUGGCCUGGCCCAGAAGCUGAUGGACCAGGCCUCCCGGGCCAUGAUUGAGAACUUCAGCGCUAAGUAUGUGUCCCUGCACGUCAGGAAGAGCAACCGAGCAGCGUUGCACCUGUAUUCCAACACCCUCAACUUCCAGGUCAGUGAGGUGGAGCCCAAGUACUAUGCAGAUGGAGAAGAUGCAUAUGCCAUGAAGCGCGAUCUCUCACAGAUGGCCGAUGAGCUGAGACGGCAGCUGGUGCUGAAGAAAGGCAAAUACGUAGUUCUGGGUUCCAAGGAGAAUCAGGGUAGCACACUUCCUGGUUCUGAAGAGGCCUGUCAGCAGGAGAACCUGGCUGGAGGUGACAGUGGCAGUGACAGCAAAGACACCACUGACAUCCAAGACAGCUUGCAGACCUUGGGGUCCGCCUAGAGCCUGCCCGAGCACUCCAGGUCCUUGUAUUUUAACCACGUCGUUUUCUUGGGAACCCCUCCCUGCCCUGGGCUUGUCUCCCGGUGACCUGAAUGGCUCUCCCUUCAAAGCUUAGCAGCCACCUGCAGAGCCUGUGUGCUCACGGAGGCACACCCGGACACAGAACCUGCUGUGCAGAGGCCAAGGGUGCCCGAGGACUGCCGUGCAGCCCCUUUCUUGGCCUCUUCAUGCUGCUGUCAGCUUCGGUGCAGUACUGUUCUGAUUGUGUGUAUCCUGCGGUUUUCCGCCUGGAAUGCCAACAAGAAGUGGGGACAACUCGAGAAGAUUCCCCAGCUUUCAGCCUUUGCUAUUAGUUAUCUGGGUUUUGGGGUUUUUUUGUUUGUUUGUUUGUUUGCUUUUUUUUUUUUUUUUUUUUUAAUUUGGGAGUAGGCAGAAUCAUCAAGUUAGUCCUCGUGCCCUCUGCCCCUGUCUGGGGAAGUUUCCUACUCUGCUUUCUGUGGAAACUGCCCAUGCCUUGCCUGGCCCCGCCCUUUCUUGAGGAAGAGUGUUCCCUUACCAGUGGGAGAAGGUGAUAGAGGUUGGACUAAUACACACCCAGAAUUUGUAGAUCUGAGGAAAGAAUACACAGAAAUUAAAUUGCAAUCUCUAACCUGAAAAAAUAAAACCAUAAAAAGGAGUA